AUGGCUUCCAAAAAAGUCGAGAGCGUAAAAGUAGCAGUCCGAUGUCGUCCAAUGAGCGAAAAAGAGAUUGUUGAUGGCAGAGCAUGCAUAGUCCAAGUUGAUGCAAAAAGAGGCGAGUUAAUUGUCGCCAAUCCUAAGCCAGAUACAAGUGAGCCUCCUCGCCAAUUCACAUAUGACAAUACAUACGGGCAGGAUUCAGCUCAAGAACAAAUCUAUUGUGAUACUGCCUAUCCAAUUGUGCAAAGUGUGCUAGAAGGCUAUAACGGCACAAUUUUUGCUUAUGGACAAACCGGAACAGGCAAAACCUUCACAAUGGAAGGUAAAGAGGAACCUCAGGAAAACCGUGGUAUUAUCCCACGUGCCUUCGAACAAAUUUUUUAUGGUGUCGAUCAGCAUCCUCAAACUCAGUUUUUAAUUCGUGCAUCUUUCUUAGAAAUUUAUAAUGAAGAUGUCCAUGACUUAUUAUCAAAAUCAUCCAAAAAUAAGCUUGACAUUAAAGAAAGCCCAGACAGCGGAUUUUAUGUAAAAGAUUUAACUACAUGUGUUGUCAAAGGAAUUGAAGAUAUGAAAGCUGUGAUGGACUUGGGCAAAGGAAACAGGCAUGUUGGCGAAACCUUAAUGAAUAGAGAUUCAUCAAGGUCUCAUAGCAUUUUCACUAUCACAAUAGAAAGCAGUGAAUCAGAUAAUACAGGGAUUAACCAUUAUAAGGUCGGAAAACUAAAUUUAUUCUAAUUUCCUAUGGAUGGCGCUAUUUUGGCCUUGAUUUUCCCACAGGGAAAAUUUUUUGGUUUGACCAAACCAUAUGGUAUUGGUCGAACCAAAAAACAUUUCAAGUGGGAAAAUCAAGGCCAAAACAGCGCCAUCCACAGGAAAUUGCAAUAGUCGAUUUGGCAGGAAGUGAAAGACAAAGCAAAACUGGAUCUACAGGAGAUAGGCUAAAGGAAGCCACCAAUAUCAAUAAGUCCUUACUCUUCCUCUCUGUGAGCGAACAAAACCAUUGGAAAAUCCUUAUUUUUUGGAUAAAAGCCGACCUCCAUGAGCUAAAAAUUUUUUUUAAUAUAAUAAUUAUUUUAAUGAAAUUUCUAACUAAUUCUGUUUAAUUUGGAUUUUUAAAACUCAAACUUAAAAAUUAAUUAAUUGAAUUGGGAUUUUUUUAAAAUAUUAUUAUAUAAUUUUUACAAAAAUAGCUCCUCAGACGAUUGAACAAAAUAUUUUUUCGCUCACAGAGGGAGGGAGUUACUAACUUUAGGAAACGUUAUUUCUGCUCUUGUAGAUGGAGCUUCAACUCAUAUCCCAUACAGAGAUUCUAAGCUCACAAAACUUCUUCAAGACUCAUUAGGUGGCAACACAAAAACUGUAAUGAUUGCUAAUAUUGGCCCUGCUGACUGAAAUUAUGAUGAAACCUUAUCCACCCUUCGUUACGCAAAUAGAGCCAAAAAUAUCCAAAAUAAGCCAAAAAUUAAUGAAGACCCAAAAGACGCUAUGCUUAGAGAGCUUCAAGAUGAAAUUGCAAGACUAAGAGCCCAGUUAGGCGACGGAACCUUAACAGCAGAACAGCUGUCUAUGGGAGGACAAAUUUUGCAAGCAGGAGACCCUCAGGUAGUUGAAGUCGAAAAAAUAAUUCGUGUUGAAGACAAGGCAAAAAUUAAAGCAAUUGAGGACAAAAUCGUAAGGGAAAAAGAAGAAAUUUUGUUGCAAACUGAAGAAAAGAAAAAAGAAAUUGAGGCGCAAAAGGAUAUAGCUGAAAGUGAGAAGAAAAAACUUAUAGAGGAACUCCAAAAAGAAGCUGAAGAACAGCAGAUAGCCCAAGAAAAGCAAUCAAAAUUGUUAAAGAAGCUGAAACAAAUGGAGCAAAAAGUUAUCAGUGGGGCGCAGAUCAUGGAGCAAGCUGUUAGGCAAGAGCAGGAACUGCAGAAAGCAAGAAUGGAGCUCGAAAUGAGAGAGCAGCAAGAACAACAGCUGAAUCAAGAUAUAAAUGACAGGGAAACUGAAAAUACAGAAAUGCUCAAUAACUUCAAUUCUAAGCAUGAGGAAAUUGCUGAUAAGGAUAAAAAACUCAAAAAAUUGUACUCCAAAUUCCAAAGUGCCCAGGAUGAGAUGAAAGACAUCCAAGCAGAAUUUGCACAGGAGCGCCAAGAUUUAAUCGAUACAAUAAAUGUGCUUAAGCAGCAAGUUUGCUUAAAAAACCUGGUUUUAACAAGCUUUAUCCCUCAAGACCAACUGUCUUUAAUAGAAAGCUUUGCACAGUGGAACGAAGAAGGUGAAGAAUGGAUCUUGCCAAGGCUAGAUUUGGCAGGAAAUAACUUACGUGGCCCGGGUGCUGGAAAAAUCAAGAAAAAAUCCAAGAAAAAUGAAAAAGAAUACGACGGGGCCGUGUCACAAAGAGUGCAAACAGUUGUGCAAAGCAUACUGCAAGAAUACAGCGAAGAUCCUAUGGUGAUGCCUAUAGAAGCCAACCCUACAGUCUAUUUUAUGUACACUGAUGAAGGGGCUAUGAGAGCUGACAGUGAGCAGUCAGAGUCGAAACCUAAAAGACUUAAAAGCGCAAAAAGGCCUGCAAGUGGCAAAAAAUCAAGCGCGCCAAAAGAAAACCCUCAGCCGAAGCCUGAAGAAGCUUACCCUCAAGCAAGAGGCUUAGUUAGUGCUAAAAGACGAUAA